CAAAAACACUCAGGAGCUAGGGACUAUGGGUAGCUAAGUGUUUACAGGACCAUGAUAAAUUGUGGUCUAAUUUAGGCAGAAGCUGUGGUAGCUCCAUUAAUAUAAUAGAGUAGUUGUACAAGACAUUAACAACAAUACUUGUUUUGAACAAUAUUUAAUUUUUUAUUAAAGGUUCUUUAUCCCAGCUACAUUCUGCUUUGACUAAGUAAUAAUAUAAAUUUUAAUUUCAUGAAUAUACUCCAACUAAUAAGAUUUUCAACUUUGCCAAAGAUAAUCCCAGAAAUGCAGUUGAGACUUAACUACAUGGAGCCUUGAAGUUUUUCACUUUUCCCAUAUAUAAAUACAAUGUAAAAUAUAAAGGAUCCUGCUUCCUGGGCUGACCAUGUUCUCCUUCCCCACUUUUAUAACACAGACCCCACCCCAGUCUGCUGAUAGAAUGGUUUUGGAGAGCCUUGUCUCACAAGUACUUACUUGCAAAUUUAUCUCAUCUUUUCUGUCCAUUUUAUAACAUGCAGAAAAAUAUGCAGACUCAGCAGUAGGAUUUUGGCUUGCCUUGGUAUUGAUAUUGCACCUGUUUCAGCCAACCUUUCCUGUUCUGGGGAAAACCCAGCAUAACUGCCACCAGGGCCUGUAUUCCUUAGACUUGGGGCUGGAGAGGUCAGACCACAGCGAUGCCUGUCUCCUGCCUUGGGUGGCAUGGUUAUUGCUGGGUUGGAGCCAUUCCUGCUGGACCCAGAAUGGAGCCAAGCCUGUCUGGCAGCAGAGAGCAAGCAGUGGUAUUUGUUAUCUGGGUUAACAGCAGGUCUGAAGAUGUGUAAGAAUUCCACUGAAGAGAUUCAAGACCCAGUGAAGGAGUUUUCCUUUUCAUUGUGACUCAUGACAAGGGAUGCAAAGUGGACUCAGUGUCAUUUUUAUUUUAAAAAGCAGAACUGAUAAUGCUGGGAGGAGCUGCUCUCCUACAACUCAGAACCUGACAGAGUUCAACACUGCCCACAACAAGCGGAUUUCCACCCUCACCAUUGAGGAGGGGAAUCUGGAUAUUCAGAGACCAAAGAGGAAGAGGAAGAAUUCACGGGUGACUUUCAGUGAGGAUGAUGAGAUCAUCAACCCAGAGGAUGUGGAUCCCUCAGUUGGACGCUUCCGGAACAUGGUACAGACUGCAGUGGUCCCAGUGAAGAAGAAGCGGAUGGAAGGCCCUGGUUCCCUGGGCUUGGAAGAAUCGGGGAGCAGGCGCAUGCAGAACUUUGCAUUCAGUGGAGGACUCUACGGGGGCCUGCCCCCCACACACAGUGAAGCCGGCUCCCAGCCGCAUGGCAUCCACGGGACAGCACUCAUCGGUGGUUUGCCCAUGCCAUACCCGAACCUCGCCCCUGAUGUGGACUUGACUCCUGUUGUGCCAUCAGCAGUGAACAUGAAUCCUACACCAAACCCUGCAGUCUACAUCCCCGAAGCUGUUAACGAACCCAAGAAGAAGAAAUAUGCAAAAGAAGCUUGGCCGGGCAAGAAGCCGACGCCUUCCUUACUGAUUUGAUAUUUUUGGUCGUGGAAAAGGGGUGGGAUUGGGUGGGAAUUGGGUGGAAGGGUGAUGGGGGAGCUGAUGAACUUGGGAGGAAAAUUUUCCAUGUGUGCAGUAUCGUCUUUCAGAAUGUCUCCUGGGGUCCUAAACAUCUAAUACCAAAACUGGGGGUGGGGUUGAAAUGUCCCGUAAAGACUGCUCUUCAGAACACUUCAGUGUAGAAGAACAUUUCAUACGUCAUUUUAAAUUGGUGCCCUGGAGCCUCCCAGGCCUUCCAUGACCUCCUUUUUCUUUCUUCCCUCUUUCCAGGGUUAUUUUUAUUUUAAGUCAUGUACCCUGUGGAGAGACUCCAGGCCCAAAGAGUCUAAUUCAGAGCUGGGGAGGUGAUGGUGGCAUCACCAGCCUUAUGGGUCCAGCAGCCUAAUUUAUAUUUACUAUCCCUGUAAGUUCCACAUAGCAAAAGGGUUGCCAUGGAUCUGAGGUUGAUAAAGAGGGUUAAAAUUCCUUAGUUAAGCUAAAGUUUAAAAAGUGUUUUUCUGGGUCAGUGGUUUUGAGGUCCAGUAGUUAGGCUUUUCUCUUUUGUCCUUUCCGUUGGGAUGAGAAUAUUUUGAUUGUGGUCUGUGACCAGUGAAUGCCAUAGACACAGGUUGAUAGUUUUAAACUUAUUACUUUGUUUGAACUUUACCUGUUUUUCUUGUCAAACCUGAGUACUCUCUACUCCUGAAGUUUCUCAUUUGAUUCCAGAGUACUGUACUCUCCAAGGCUUUCCUUUUCAAGUGUGUUAUGAAGGCAAUUUUUAAAGCAUUUGACCAGUUAGAACAAUUCCAAUUAAAAAGGAAAAGAUUUCACUUUGCAAGUAACUGAUGUCUCUAAGAAGACAUUUUAGAUGUCGGUUUGGAGGCGCUUCCCCCGUUUGAGAGCUCUUGUUAUCCAAAGCUCUAAGAUGAGACCUGGCUAAUGAACAUAGGAGACGAAGGUAGGAAACAUCAAUAAGAGCUUUGUAUAGAGAUUUGUACAUUUGUGUAAUAGGCCUUUUCACGCUUUAUGUGUAGCUUUUUACCUGUAACCUUUAUUACAUUGUAAAUUAAACGUAACUUUUGGCAUUCCGG